GUUCGGGACUUUGGCGGGAGAAAGCGUCCCGACGGCGUUUUGUAUAGACGCUUCAGAGAACGCACCAACAGCUGUUGGCGUUUUGGAAGUAGAAAACGUUGGUUUUGAUCGACGGCCGUCCCAGCGGACUGAGUAUUGAAAAAUGGUGGAUACGGCAGUAAUCGGUGCUGCUCUGGGUACUGGCACAGCUCUCUUGAUUGCGAUGACCAUAGUGGUAUACAAGUACUACAGCUUGAAGAAGAAGGCUAAGGAGUGGUCUUCCUUGGAUCAGAUGCCAUCUCCGCCAUAUUUAGAAAAGGGUGGCAAGCCUUUUUUCCCUUUGUCAAAAACGGAAUUCAAUGUGGAAAAGGAACACCUGAACAUCCAACCGCCCCAGAACGCUUCUGCACAGGCCCUGACUGCCGAAAUUCUGAAAACACCCUUGGACGUUUGUUCGGCCUCCAUGGCUCCACCGAGCCUCCAACAUCAGUCCAAGUCCUACCCUGGAGGGCCUCCUUUAUUGUGCAGGACUCCCAGCGUAUCGAGUCAGAGUAGCCUGGAUAGUACAGCAUCUAAACAGGGACACCGUGGUUCGUCUCCCCAAAUCCGCACGUUCGCCCCGGACGGGAAAACGCCCUUGUUACACCACGAGGCCGCCCACUCUUCCAGCUACCCUCUGAGGGCAUCCAGCAGGUCGCCCUCGCCCCUCAGGACGGCCUCUUUGGAUAUGCGGUGCUCGUCCCCGGCUGCCGCGCAUGCGCUCAGCGAGCUCAGAACUCCGUCCCCGUCGCAGUCGAGCUUGGCCAGUCUGACAGGUGGUUCCACGAGUUCCUGCAACUCUCCUGUGCCGGCCUCGCCCAGGACCGGCCUGGGCAGGUGCCUGUCCCCGCUGUUCAUACACAGAUCGUUCGUGCCGGAGACCUCUUCAUCGUCGCAAUCGGGCCCGCCCGCCAGUCCUUUGGGGGCUAUCCAGCCGGACCUGUAUCUUCGGAAGGACGGGCCGCUGUUCAUUGGUGGGGGCAACAAGUCCUCGGCCGGGAGUUUGGGCAGGCUGCACUUCCGGCUGAGCUACGAUUUCGAUAGGAGCGAUCUGGUGGUGCACCUAAUCGAAGCCCACGAUUUGGCAGGCAGCGAACAAGGCGGCUUCAAUGACCCCUACGUCCGUCUUGCUCUUUUACCGGAAGUCGACUCCCGGAAGCGACAGACGAACAUCUGCCGGAACGACCCGAACCCCUUGUUCGACCAGCACUUCAAGUUUCCAGUGUCGCACGAAGAGUUGCAGAACAAAACGCUCAUUCUACAGGUGUUCGACUAUGACAGGUAUUCCCGCAAUGAUGUUGUUGGAGAUGUAACGAUGACUAUGAGCGAGUUCGACGUUGCCAAUAGCGUCGAAAUUUGGGGAGAGAUAACGAAAAACAAGAAACCCAAAGAGGACACUCAAGAGGUACUGAUUUCCUUGAGUUACUUGCCAUCGGCAGAGAGACUCACGGUAGUGCUACUGAAAGCCAGGAAUCUCUUUUUGUCUCAAUGUAAAGGACCCGUGGAUCUGCAGGCAUUCGUGAAAGUAUACCUGCUGGUCAAUGGAAAAAGAGCAAAGAAGAAAAAAACGGCAACUAGAAAAGGCAGUGUCAAUCCUGUGUGGAAUGAAGCUUUGACAUUCACUCUUUCUGCAAAUAAUCUAUCGAACGCUGCUAUCGAGGUUCUGGUUUAUGAUCAAGGCAACGAGCUGAUAGUGAACAACUCCUUAAUAGGAACUUGCACCAUAGGGCCUAAGGAGAACGGUCCAGAGAAGGAUCAUUGGGUGGACAUGUCCCAAAAUACUAGGAAAGCCAUCGCAUGUUGGCAUACUGUACGGUAAGCUGUCUGGAAGAAAAUUGUGCUCAAAAACUGAUAGAGAAGCAUAGCCUAGUAACAUUAUCAUGGAAUGUGGCGCCUAAAAAAGGUGAAGAGAACUAAGAAAUUGGUUGAACAUAGAUGUACGGAUCUUUCGAAAUUCUCAUGGAAUCUCUUCUGUCGUUUCAAUUACAGGGUGUUUCGAAAUGGAAAAAGUUGAGUACACACUUUCCGAACAUCUUGUAUUCAUCGUCUAUGUGUCUCUAAACCAAAUGAUUUAUUUGAUGGUAAAAAUGAAAAUUCAUUCUUUCUACAAAUGUAUUUAGGGUUAUUCCGUUUCAAGCCACUGUUGAUACAACGAUUUCAAUCCAAGGUUAAUGCAGAAAAAUAUUCAUUGCCAUAAUGGCCUCAUCUAACGCUCGCUAAAAGUCAAGUUUACAUACAGAAAAUGUGACGUCACAGAAGAGGACGGCUCGCACUUAUUUUUACGGAGCUAACACUGGGCUUAUAUACAUACAGGGUGUUUCCGAAAUUGGAGCAGUGAAUAAAAGGAGGUGUUUUAUGUGCGCUCUCACGAUACUACUUCUAAAAGUCAUUGGUAUUGGUAUUGUUAUUGGUAAGUGUGGGUGGUGACAGAUAAGCUGCGACCUUAUUUGAUCUAUGGUGCUCCAUCUUCUUCUGCUAUCUCAAGGUUUUCUCGUUUACAGCAGUCCCUCAAGCUUCAAUUCUUUUAGGAAUAUGAGGAUUUUGAGGGGAUCUGGUCGUGAUGGUAUUUCUUCCACGGUCAGCUGGUAUGCUCCCAGUAUAUUCGAGGUGCUGUCCUCCUUUAAGACGAGCUUCAUUAGUUGGUCUUUGGGUCUCCAAUGCCUGUUAAUUUUGCUGAUAUUCGUCAGUGUUUUCGAUAUUGCUCGGAUGAAAUUGCCGAGGAGAUCUUUGAUCUGCCGCAGUCCUGGAAGUCUUCACCAGCAUGUCACUCUCAUUGCUUCUUCAGCUUUAUUGAUUUCUUCUUGAAAAUAUAAAUUCCCAGGACCGUAGAAUGAUUCUGGUCCAAUCAAUGGCGUUGAUGCUUCUUUUCGUGCCAGAAUGACUGCUUGUUUAUUUCCCUUCACUACGAUGUGUCCCAGCAUCCAGAAGAGGAUUACUUUAUUGUUCCUGCCUAGAUUGUUGAGAUUGUUUAGGCAUUUCCAAACCAUCUCUGAGUUGAUGUUAGAGGAGCUCAACGCUUUGAUGGCUGCUUGGCUGUCGGAAAAGAUAGCGAUCUCCUUGUUUCGGUAUUUCCUGCCGAGGUUGAACUGAAUGCACCUUUUUAUGGCGUGAAUUUCCACUGGUAUACUGGCACAUCGGUUCGGAAUAUUUAGUGCGAGGCCCAAACACUCCUGCUCCAGUUCCUAACUUAACCUGACAUUUUUCAGUUACCAAAUAAGGUGGAUCGUUCAAUUCAGAGACUUUUUUGCAACCCGACUUUUUCGAGAAAAGAACCGUUUUCGGAAUAAAUACGCAUAUCUGUUGUUAAUGUUGAUGUUAAUGUCAAUUUUAUCUAGAAAAUCUCUGACAUACUUAUGCUCCAGAUGAUCUUCUAGAAAGUAUUGACCCCAUCGAAUUUCAAAUUGAUAACUCCAGAAAUGAGCGAGAUAUUUCAAUUAUGAGAAAAAAAUAAUUGAACUUUGGCCCACUGAAUCUUCGCUACUGAUCAAAAUCGGACACAUAUUUAUGUACACUUUUUUGAUCAAAAUGAUGAGAUCUAUCAUACAUUUCAACUUGUUCCUUAAAAUCUGAAUCGCCCUGUAUAAUCUGCAUGGGGAGACGCGUGAUCGUCCUUCUUCUUUGAUGACGUAGUCAGAACGGUUCUGCACUGCAUGUAGGCUUGAUAUGAGUUGGAGCGAUAUUUGCCUUAUUAUCACUGCAUUUUGGUGAGCGUAGAUGGCUCCUUCACCAAAUUUUGAAUAGAAUUGCAAAUAGUUCCUUCGCCAAUCUCCACCUUCCUAUAAUUAUUUCGGUAUUUGACCGGCCUAAUUGGUUUUUGUGAUUGAAAAAAAAAAAGAUUGCAGAACCAUUUUUGUGAAUCGUUGCUUAUAACCAACUGUUUUUGAAACUUGUUUGAAAGUGAAACAGCGAUGGCAGACAAACUUUGUUAAACUUCAAAUUUUGAUUAUGAUUUUGCAAUACCUAUUUUUAUGAAUAGUAGAGAGAAACUUUGUCUAUUCUGCAUUGAAUACACUGAAUAACCCUAUGUAUAGAAAAUUGAAUUCUGAAAAUAAAUUACCUUCUUGACAUUUCGAUGAAAACCUGUAUGACAAUCAUUUUCUUUCGCACAGUUUUCCUUGUUCAACAAUAUCAUGUCUGACGUCGAUUUCCAACAGUAUUGAAGAAUAAUGGAUAUUAACUUCCAUUUGAUAUUGCCAAACAUUUCUGAAAAUCGCACUCGGAGUCAGGAAAAACAGUUUCAAUUGAAAAUUCAAAUUCCUUCAUGUUCAGAACAAAAUUUUAUCUUCCUACAUAGUUUUUCUUCUUAUUUUUAAUAUAAUGUUGGAGGUAUCGCAGAUUUCAUCAUGAUUACCUGCCAUUGUGACCACACGGAAACUAUAGGGUGAGUCAGUUUUUUGUGGCAGGAAUUCAACAGCUUGAAGGAGAACUAUUUUAGAGAUGAAUAUCUUCUAUAAACAUAUAUGCGUUUUCGAUAUACAGGGUUUUGAAAUUUGCACGACUCCAUCAGUGUAUCAUCCUUUAGGUUUUCAAGAACGAUCGAAAGCCUCAGAUAUUGCGCUUCAAAAGUGUACUAGGUGCACCAAAUUACAAUUCAUUAUUUUGGAAAUAUGCGAAAACUUGAGAAACAGAAAAAUAACUUUAAUUCUGAAAAUCCGUAUAUCGUAAACGAAGCCCCCACCAUACAGGAUGUAUCUAGAUAACACCUAAAAAAUUCAAGGGAUGAGUUCUUGUGAUAUUUUAGGAAAUAAAGUUUAUGUCUUUCUCCUAUUCAUUUCUCAAUUGUCUUUU